GAGAAAUUUUCCUAGAUCAGUCUACGCUACGUAAACGAGCACGAAUCGCGAUUUAUUAUGUAUCUCAUUCUCCUUUCGACGUGAACACACUCAAUGCCAGAGUAGAGGUGGAAAACGUUAUAAAAGCCGAUGAUUUUAUCAGCGUCUAGAAGUCUCAUCGAAACCUCAUCGCGGUGUUUUAGCCCAGUACCAAUCCAAGAACGGCCCAUAAAAUGAACCGAAGCUUAUUACCGUUCGUGGUCGUGCUGAUUUUGCUAGUCGCCGGCACGUUCUCUCAGACGUUUUACAAAAGCGGUAACUGCCCGAUGAGGAACACCGUGACCAAUUGCGGCUCCAGGUGCAUAGGCGAUGGACAGUGUCCAUUCAAUCAGAAAUGCUGCCCGAACAAAUGUGGCUACACGUCGUGUGCCGACACGAGCCCCGUCAACACCGGCGGCGAUGGCGGGUACAAGGGCUCGAGCAAUCAGGCCGUUUACUGCAAUGGAGUGAAGUGUGCCGCGUAUGAGAAGUGCCAAUAUGACCGCAACACUCGGCGCGAGAAGUGCACACGUGUCUAGGACAAUCUGCGAUCGAAUUUCUCAAUUAUUGGCGAAUAAGAAAUUUUUAAAAUUUUAUUAUAUGUUAAACAAGCAAUUUACAGAAGAACAGAUCAGAUAUAGUUUACAAAAAAAAAAAAAACGCAGACUAUCGGCAGCUUUUUUCUAAUUUUGGA